GAGCUGUGAGCUGACAGCAAUUUAUAAUUUACAUGAAGCGAAAAAGACAAAAUUAACUUGUUUAGCAGCUUAAUAAUUAAAUGUGAGAACCAAAGCUGAGUUAAACAUUGCUGAUCAGGUGCUUGUUUGUUACAUCAUUUUAGACUCCCUCCUAAAGUAUCUGGGACAACCUGCAGCUGGAUCUUCUGUCCAGGAGCAGCCGUGCUCCUCAGCUUCUCUUCUGUCCUCAGGUGAGUCUGUCAUGUUGGUAAAUACUUGUGAUGAUUAAAAUAGUUUGACUUGUGUGAAAAUAACGUCAUUUUUUUGCCAUGACAUUGAGUUCAUAUAUUUCCUCGGGUUUCUCAUUAUGCUUAUGGACCUGGAGCCACCAGAGGAGACAUGCUGCUCCUCCUGCCACUAACUGCUGCACCUGCUUGUUCAGAUGCCCCAAACAAUCGGAAAGAGGCUUCAUUGGAGAAUAUGACUUUGCCCCAGUCCUCAGCAGUCCAUUCGCCAUACUUUUUGCAGAAGAUCAGUUUGUCUUUACUGUGGGGUUUUUUUUUUUUUUGGAGAGAAGUGGCUUCUUUGCUGCCCUUCUUGACACCAGGCCAUCUUUCAAAAAGUCUUCACCUCACUGUGAGUGCAGAUGCGCUCAAACCUGCCUGCUGCCAUUCCUGAGCAAGCUCUGCACUGGUGGCACUCCGAUCCCACAGCUGAAUCCUCGUUAGGAGAUGAAAGCUGAAUGCAGACGUGGUGCCAAAAACUGCAGAAAACUUCAGAGCCCUGUGCACAGAAGAACAUGGCUUUGGGUACAAAGGUAGCGUGUUUCACAGGAUCAUCCCAGAAUUCAUGUGUCAGGGAGGAGAUUUCACCAACCACAAUGGCACAGGAGGGAAAUCUAUUUAUGGGAAAUCAUUCAAGGAUGAAAACUUCAAAUUAAAGCACACGGGUCCAGGAACUCUUUCAAUGGCAAAUUCAGGACCAAACAAAAAUGGCUCACAGUUCUUUAUCUGCACCACAAAAACUGAAUGGCUUGAUGGUAAACACGUGGUGUUCGGGCAGGUGAAGGACGGGAUGGAUACAGUCAUGAAAAUGCAGACGUUUGGUUUACAUGAUGGAGGAGUGAUUAAGAAAAUUGCCAUCGUUGAUUGUGGGGAAAUCAAAUAACAUCUAAAAACCAUUUAAAGAUGUCCCAGUAUGCAAAACCUUUAAUAUUCUCUACGUCUUCCAACUUCUGUUUAUGCAAAUAAAAUAAAAUAAAAAAUUAAAGUAAAAAGUG